AUGUCCACCGUUCAACAUCUUGCCCUCACAAAGCAGCCCUUAUCGUCGUCGCACUUCACAUGCGUCCUCACAACAAGCCCUUGUCGAGGAAACCUCAGACCCGAAGUCCUCCGAGUAGCCAUAACUGCGAGCUUCAAGGCCAUGCGCUGCCAUCGCCGACAUCCACCCUCCCCGCAGCCUAUAACUUGGGAUUUCACGAUGUUCGAAGCACACGUUUUGCAUUUGCUUCGAAAAUAUUUGGGUGAGUAUGUCCAUGGGCUGUCGGCAGAGGCCUUGAGAAUCAGCGUGUGGAAAGGAGAUGUGGUUCUCAAGGAUUUGAAAUUGAAAGCUGAGGCAUUGAAUGCAUUGAAGCUUCCUGUAACUGUCAAAGCUGGAUUCCUUGGUAGUAUAACCUUGAAGGUACCUUGGAAAAGCCUUGGCAAGGAGCCAGUCAUUGUUCUAAUUGAUCAGUUGUUUAUUCUCGCAAAUCCAGCACUUGAUGGAAGGUCUCUGAAGGUGGAGGACCGCGAAAAGCUCUUCGAGGCCAAGCUGCAACAAAUUGACGAAGCGGAAGCAGCAACCCUUGAAGCAAUAUCUAGGUCAAAGCUGGGAAAUCCUUCAGCUGGAAAUUCUUGGCUGGGUUCAAUAAUAGCUACAAUUAUUGGAAACCUAAAGAUUUCUAUCAGCAAUGUCCAUAUCAGAUACGAAGAUUCUGUGAGCAAUCCAGGACACCCAUUUUGUUGUGGCGUCACCCUUUCAAAGCUUGCCGCAGUUACCAUGGAUGAGCAGGGAAACGAAACCUUCGACACAAGUGGUGCUUUAGAUAAGCUGCGCAAGUCACUGCAACUUGAAAGGCUUGCGAUGUAUCAUGAUUCCAAUCGUGAUCCCUGGAAGUUGGACAAGAAAUGGGAGGAUCUUAGCCCUCGGGAAUGGAUUGAGAUUUUUGAAGACGGGAUUAAUGAAUCUUCAAAAGGCAGCAUUUCAAUGUCGCGUUGGGCUCAAGACAGGAAUUAUGUAGUUUCACCAAUAAAUGGAGUUCUUAAGUACCAUCGUCUGGGAAAUCAGGAAAGAAAUGAUUCCAGUGUUCCAUUUGAGAAGGCUUCUGUUGUCAUCAGUGAUGUAUCUUUGACAAUUACUGAGGCUCAGUAUCAUGAUUGGAUUAAACUAAUGGAGGUCAUAUCCACGUAUCGAACAUAUGUUGAAGUCUCUCAUUUGAGACCCAUGGUCCCAGUAUCAGAUGGGGCUGCAUUGUGGUGGCGUUAUGCUGCUCAAGCUGGGUUGCAGCAGAAGAAGAUGUGUUAUAGAUUCUCUUGGGAGCAAAUCCAGAAUUUGUGUCAUCUUCGAAGGCGAUAUGUGCAGUUAUAUGUCGAUUUGUUGCAGCGAGUAAAUGUAGAUAUUUCAAAAAUAAGAGACAUUGAGAAAGACCUUGAUCCCAAAGUUAUUCUUUUAUGGAGAUUUCUCGCUCAUGCAAAGAUUGAAUCAGUAAAAUCAAAAGAAGCAGCACAACAGAGGAUGCUUAGAAAAGGAAGCUGGCUCUCUUUAAGAUGGCGAAGCACUUGUGAAGAUGACUCUGGAGUUGACACUUCAAGUGCAUCUCGGUCUGUUGAGGAGAGAUUGACCAAAGAAGAAUGGGAGGCAGUCAAUAAACUGCUAAGCUACCAGCCAGACGAGGAUUUAGCUCAUACUGCAAAAGACAUGAAGAACAUGAUACAUUAUAUGAUUAUUGUUUCCAUCAGUAAGGCAGCAGCCAGGAUUGUCAAUAUCAAUAACACUGAGAUUGUUUGUGGUACAUUUGAAAAUCUAAAUGUUGCUACGAAGUGUAAACAUCGGAGCACCCAUUGUGAUGUGACGUUGCAAUACUAUGGAUUGUCUUCACCAGAAGGAUCUCUUGCCCAGAGUGUCUCAAAUGAGCAGAAGGUCAAUGCUUUGCAAGCUAGUUUUGUGCAUGCCCCAGCAGGGGAAAAUGUAGAUUGGAGGCUUUCCGCUACAAUCUCUCCUUGUCAUGUCACGGUUAUCGCAGAAAGUUACGAGCGCUUUUUACAGUUUGUGAAGAGGAGUACUGCUGUUAGUCCUACUGUUGCUUUGGAAACUGCAAAUGCGUUACAGCAUAAAAUUGAAGUGGUGACACGAAGAGCUCAGGAGCAGUUUCAAAUGGUAUUAGAAGAACAGAGCAGGUUUGCUCUUGACAUUGAUCUUGAUGCUCCCAAAGUCAUAGUUCCUAUGAGAUCAUGCACCUCUUUUGAAGGUGACAGCCAUCUUCUGUUAGAUUUUGGUCAUUUCACUUUACAAACAAAGGAGGAUGGUCAGCUUGAUGACCACGAGCACAGUCUGUACACCCGUUGUCAUAUAUCAGGGCGGGAUAUUGCGGCAUUCUUUACUGAUUGUGAUUCUAUGAGUAAAUCUUUCAAUUGGGGAGCUCAACCUUCCAUUUCUCCUUGUUCUGAAGAUGCCGACAAAUUCUAUUCUCUGAUCGAUAGGUGUGGAAUGGCUGUAAUUGUUGACCAGAUUAAAGUACCACAUCCGAAUCAUCCAUCCACACGUAUUGCUGUUCAAAUCCCAAGCAUUGGCAUACAUUUCUCGCCAAGCAGAUAUUCCAGGCUCAAUGAAUUGUUGAAUUUACUCAGUGGUGCAAUGCCUAAUGAUGAUCAACAUACAGUCAAAAGCCUCCCAAAUGGUCUUCUCUCCUGGAAUCCUCCAUAUUUGACUACAGAAGCGAGAUUUCUAGUUUGGAAGGGAAUAGCCUAUUCUGUUGCUGCAUGGCAACCCUGUUUUCUUGUCUUAUCUGGAUUGUAUCUUUAUGUUCUGGAAUCUGAAACUUCUCAAAGCUAUCGGUGCUCAAGUAUGGCUGGUAAACAAGUAUGUGAUGUUCCUUCGACAAAUGUUGGUGGUUCGACUCUGUGUGUUGCGGUGUGCAAUAGAGGCAUGGAUAUCCAAAAGGCUCUGGAGUCUUUUAGUACUUUGAUAGUAGAGUUUCCAAACGAGGAGAUAAAGGCGGCUUGGUUGAGGGAACUUGUAUUAAGUACAUACCGUGCUUCUGCUCCUCCUUCAGUAGACAUGCUUGAUGAUACAAGAGAGGAUUCAAUUCAGUUUGCUGGAUCUCGGUCCAGUAAUGCAAAAGCAGCUGAGCUUGUUGUCAAUGGAACAGUAGUAGAAACGAAAUUGUCACUAUACGGAAAGUUUGGAGACGACGAACAAGAUAGAAUACACGAGAAGCUUAUUCUGCAAGUUCUUGCUAGUGGCGGAAAGAUGCACGUCUCAAGUUGUAUAAGUGACUUGACUAUAAAAGUGAAGCUUAAUUCUUUGAAAAUCAAGGAUGAGCUACAGGGUUCUCUAUCUACACAUUCACAAUAUUUGGCCUGUUCAGUUAUCAAUGAUCAGCAUUCAUUUAGCAACCCCAGCAAGUUGGAAUCUCAAGAGAAGGACCUGUCUGCAGAGAUGGUUGAAGAAGACGAUAUCUUCAGAGACGCCCUACCAGAUUUUGUUAUUUUCCAUGAGUCUGCUGAAAUCCACGAGAAGGAUCUUUCUCCAGGAACCAUGGCUACGUGCGAUGUUUUUUAUGAGGCAAUGGGUCCAGAUGAUUCUGAUUUUGUGUCCGUCACGUUCUUGACGAGGAAUCCCAGUUCCCCUGAUUAUGAUGGUAUUGAUACACAGAUGAGUAUUCGGAUGUCCAAGUUGGAAUUUUAUUGCAACCGGCCAACUGUUGUUGCUUUGAUCAAUUUUGGUUUUGAUCUGAGCUCAGCAAAUGGUGUGGUUAGUGGUUCAUAUGUGGAGAAUACUGAUGAUGAGUCUGCUGCAAACAAAGACAAGAUAGAAGAAUAUGGACAUGCAUCAUCCAUUAAGGGACUAUUGGGAUCUGGGAAAGGACGAGUAGUUUUUAAUUUGCACAUGAAUGUUGACAGUGUGACUAUGUUUCUCAAUAAGGAGGACGAUUCUCAACUUGCCAUGUUUGUGCAAGAAAGUUUCCAUUUGGAUAUCAAGGUUCAUCCAAGUUCAACAUCUAUAGACGGGACUUUGGGGAACUUCAGGCUAUGUGAUCUGUCACUUGGGUCUAAUCACUGCUGGGGUUGGCUUUGUGAUUUGCGAAACCAAGAAGCAGAAUCCCUUAUACAGUUUUCGUUUAAGUCUUAUAGCAUCGGAGACGACGAUUACGAAGGAUAUGAUUACAGUUUGAGUGGCCGCCUUUCUGCCGUCCGUAUUGUUUUUCUGUACAGAUUUGUCCAGGAGAUAACUGCUUAUUUUGUGGGACUUGCCACUCCGCAUACUGAAGAAGCAAUAGAACUUGUUGAUAAAGUCGGAGGAAUAGAAUGGCUAAUUCAGAAAUAUGAGGUUGAUGGAGCAUCUGCUGUAAAACUGGACCUUUCACUGGAUAAUCCCAUGAUAGUUGUCCCCCAAAAUUCUCUGAGCAAAGACUUCAUGCAACUUGAUCUUGGCCAUCUACGGAUCCAAAACUCAUUCAGUUGGCAUGGUCCAGAAAAAGAUCAUUCUUCUGUACAUCUUGAUGUUCUUGAUGCGGAGCUUUUGGGAAUCAAUAUGGCUGUUGGAAUUAAUGCUUCCAUUGGCAAGCCUAUGAUUCGGGAAGGAAGAGAAGUCCAUGUUAUUAUUCGCCGCAGUUUAAGAGAUGUGUUUCGCAAAGUCCCAACUUUUUGUUUGGAAGUCAAAGUGGGGUCGCUGCAUGCUGUGAUGUCAGACAAGGAAUAUAAUGUUAUUCUUAAUUGUUUCUACAUGAAUUUGUGUGAAGAGCCGUCUCUCCCUCCUAGCUUUCGCAGCAGUAAUUCUUCUGCCAAGGAUACAAUAAAAUUGCUUGUUGACAAAGUGAACAUGAAUAGCCAGGUCCUUUUGUCGCGUACUGUAACUAUCAUAGCUGUGGAGGUUGGCUAUGCAUCGCUAGAGCUGUGCUAUGGAACUGAUAAGGAGUCACUUUUGGCUAAUGUUAUUCUUGAAGGUCUCUGGGUGUCAUACCGAACGACAUCUUUAUCAGAAGCGGACUUAUAUAUUACUAUACCUAAGUUCUCUAUUUUAGACAUCCGUCCAAACACGAAGUCUGAAAUGAAGCUGAUGCUUGGCUCGUCCACUGAUGUCCCAAAGCAGAUGUCUGUUGACCGAAUUGUUGAUUUACCAAACUCAACGAUGUUUUUAAUGGAUGGAAGAUGGCGCCUUUCAUCACAGUCAUUUGUAGUUCGGGUGCAGCAGCCUCGUAUUCUUGUUGUUCCUGAUUUUCUUCUGGCUAUCUGUGAGUUUUUUGUGCCAUCCUUGGGGAUAACUGGCAGGGACGAAAUGAUGGACCCUAAGAACGAUCCUAUUUCCAAGAGUAACAGCAUUGUUCUAUCUGCCCCUCUAUAUAAACAAACAGAAGAUGUGAUGGAGUUUUCUCCAUAUCGGCAACUUAUAGCUGAUGCUAUUGGGAUUGAUGAUUACAUAUAUGAUGGCUGUGGCAAGACAAUACGUCUUGUUAAAGAGGGAGAAAAAGAGCUGCAUUCAUCUGUCGUCCGGCCCAUAAUCAUCAUAGGGCGGUGUAAGAGGCUGAGGUUCAUAAAUGUAACAUUUGAGAAAGGCUUGCUUUUGAGGAAAUACACAUACUUGAGCAAUGAUAGCAGUUAUUCAGUUUCUCCAGAAGAUGGUGUUGAAUUUUCUUUUCUGGAUGAUAAUUCUGUGAAUAAGAAUCAUGAAGACUCAGAUUACUUGGAGGUUUCACAAACUUUACAUGCUUCCGAUACAGUUCACUGCGAAUUAAGUAAAACACCAAGUUUCAGUUUUGAAGCCCAGGUUGUUUCUCCUGAGUUCACUUUCUAUGACAGUAGUAAGUCAUUCCUGGAUGAUUCUACCCAUGGUGAAAAGCUUUUACGUGCAAAAACGGAUUUUAGCUUCAUGUAUGCAUCAAAAGAAGAUGAUAGAUGGAUAAGAGGUCUCCUCAAGGAUUUGACUGUGGAAGCUGGAUCUGGCCUCGUUGUUCUGGAUCCAGUAGAUGUGUCAGGGGGAUAUACUUCCGUUAAAGAUAAAACAAACAUAUCUUUAAUGUUCACCGACAUAUAUGCUCAUCUUUCUUUGAGUGUUAUUUCCCUUUUACUUAAUCUUCAAAGUCAGGCAUCUUCAGCCCUACAAUUUGGAAAUGCUGACCCCCUGUCUCCUUGUACAAAUUUUGACCGUAUAUGGGUGUCCCCGAAAGAGAAUGGACGUCUUAGUAAUCUGACCUUUUGGAGGCCUCGAGCUCCAUCAAACUAUGUUAUUCUGGGUGAUUGUGUGACAUCGAGGCCAAAUCCUCCUUCACAGUCAGUCCUGUCUGUAAGCAAUACAUAUGGUCGUGUUCGGAAGCCUCUUGGAUUUGAGCUCAUCGGUACAUUUCCAAGUAUUCAGGGACAGCAGUCUGAAGAAGACCUUUCAAAUAUUGAUCGUGAUUGUUCUCUUUGGCUACCUGUUGCACCUGCUGGAUACUUGGCAUUAGGUUGUGUUGCAAAUGUUGGGAGUCAACCACCUCCAAAUCACACUGUUUACUGUAUUCGUUCUGAUCUUGUGACAUCAACGGCAUAUUUAGAAUGUCUAGUCAACUCUUCUGCUAAUCACAUAUUUGAAUCUGGAUUCAGCAUAUGGCGAAUAGACAACUGUCUUGGGUCAUUUUAUGCACAUCCAUCUGCUGAAUGUCCGUCAAAAAGUUUGUGCUUUGAUCUGAAUCAUCUUCUUCUAUUUAACUUUAGCCAGCAUCAAGCUUCUUCAGGUGAAUCCCUCCUGGAUUCUAAUAGUGAACAUGAAAAUGCAUACCUCCAGACGAGUAACCCGGGUGCAACUUCAUCUGGUUGGGGUGUUUUAAGAUCAAUUUCUAAAGCUAGCUCAUUUUACAUGUCAACCCCAAAUUUUGAACGAAUCUGGUGGGACAGAGGCGGUGAUCUUCGCCGGUCAUUUUCAAUAUGGAGGCCUAUACCACGCCUUGGAUAUGCCAUACUGGGUGACUGCAUAACUGAAGGCUUGGAACCUCCUCCAUUAGGCAUCAUUUUCAAAGCUGAUGACAUCAGUAUUUCUGAAAAACCUGACCGAUUUACUAAAGUUGCUCAUAUUGGGAAGAAAGGCUCGGAAGAAGCUUUCUUCUGGUACCCCAUUGCGCCACCAGGAUAUGCUUCAUUGGGAUGUAUUGUCACACUCCACGAUGAGGCACCUGUUUUAGACUCUAUUUGCUGCCCAAGAAUGGAUUUGGUUAGCCAAGCCAACAUAGCUGAGAUGCCUAUGUCAAGAUCAUCAAGUUCUAGGUCAUCCCAAUGCUGGAGUAUCUGGAAAGUUGACAAUCAGGCCUGCACAUUUCUUGCUCGUUCUGACCUGAAAAAGCCAUCAAACAGAUUGGCAUUUACUAUUGGUGAUUCAAUCAAGCCAAAGACGAGGGACAACAUUACAGCUGAGAUGAAAAUAAGAUGCUUUUCUCUAACUGUUUUGGACAGCUUAUGUGGAAUGAUGACCCCUUUAUUUGAUACCACAAUUACUAACAUCAAGCUAGCAAGUCAUGGCCACCUUGAGGCAAUGAAUGCCGUGUUGAUUUCUUCAUUUGCAGCAUCAACGUUUAACAUUCAGUUAGAAGCAUGGGAACCACUAAUUGAGCCAUUCGACGGAAUAUUUAAGCUUGAAACAUAUGAUACCAAUUUAAGCCAACCAGCAAGUGUUGGCAAAAGAAUGCGAGUUGCAGCUACCACUAUUCUGAAUGUGAAUCUGAGUGCUGCAAAUGUUGGUACCUUAGCACAAACUAUAGAUUCGUGGAAAAGGCAGAAGGAAUUAGAAAAGAGAGCAAUGAGACUUUAUGAGAAUGCCGCUGGUCUUGAUGUGUCUGACCAAAAAUCAACGCAUUUGGCUUUGGAUGAGGAUGAUUUUCAGACUGUGGUAGUUGAAAAUAAGCUUGGAUGCGAUAUAUACCUGAAAAAAACUCAGGACAUUUUGGAUACAGUAAAUGUACUGCAUCAUGAUGAUUCUGCUGCAUUGUUCGUAGCACCUCCAGGGUAUUCUGACAGAUUAAAUGUUUCAGAGGAAUCAAAGGAACCUCGAUGUUAUGUUGGAAUACAAAUAUUUGAAGCGAAGGGAUUACCUCUUCUUGACGAUGGAAAUAGUCAUCGUUUCUUCUGUGCUUUGCGUGUGCUUGUAGAGAAUCAAGAAGCUAAUUCGCAAAAGCUUUUUCCACAAAGUGCGAGAACAAAGUGUGUUAGACCUUUAUCAAACGAUGCCAAUGGUUCUGAUGAAGGCACUGCCAAGUGGAACGAACUCUUCUUUUUUGAAGUUCCUCGGAAGGGAACAGCUAAGUUGGAGGUGGAGGUAACAAACCUUGCUGCAAAGGCUGGUAAAGGGGAGGUUGUCGGUGCAUGCUCGUUUUCUGUUGGACAUGGCAUUAGCUUGUUGAGAAAAAUUUCUUCUGUUAAAAUGCUCCAUCAAGUGUCUGAGGUCCAAAGUGUUUCAUCUUAUCCAUUGAAAAGAAUGGGCCAACAUGAUGUUGAAACGAAUUCUCAUUCCUGCCUUUUGGUUUCCACUUCAUUCAUCGAGAAAAGCAUGGUUAAUGACUUCGAUAAUAAACUGGGAGAUGAAGAUGGUUUAGAUGAAGAUAUGGGUUUCUGGGUUGGACUUGGUCCAGAAGGUCCAUGGGAUGGUUUUCGCUCAUUACUUCCUCUAUCAGUAAUUCCCAGGAAACUGAAAGAUGAUUUUUUGGCAUUAGAGGUGUCGAUGAAAGAUGGGAAGAAGCAUGCAGUUUUCAGGGGUCUUGCUGUGGUGACAAAUGAAUCAGAUAUCAGAUUGAAUAUCUCAACAUGUCUAGUCUCAAUGUUAAAUGGUCAUGAGGUAUCCUCUAGGACAAGACAAAAUAACACUAUCACUGAAGAGAUCUUCGAAAAUCAACUAUAUCAUCCUGUAUCUGGUUGGGGUAAUACUGAGUAUGGCUCCCCUGAUAAGAAUCCAGGUCGUUGGAGUACAAGGGAUUUUUCAUAUUCAUCUAAAGGAUUCUUUGAACCUCCUCUUCCCCCCGGAUGGAAAUGGGUAUCAACGUGGACUGUUGACAGAUCUCAGUUUGUUGAUUCUGAGGGUUGGGCUUAUGGGCCUGAAUAUGAAAGUUUAAAAUGGCCUCCAAAUUCUGCCAAAUCUGGUACAAAAUCAGCUCGUGAUGCAGUCCGCCGUAGGCGCUGGACCCGCACUAGGCAAGAAGUUAAUGACUGGGCUAUAACAAACCAGGAUUUCCUUGAAGUCACUAUUUGUCCUGGUAGCUCAUCGGUUUUGCCCUGGAAAAGCAUGUUGCGGGAUUCCAACCAAUGUCUACGAAUUCGUCCAUACAGUGAUGAUUCUCAAACUUCCUAUGCAUGGGGCCAACCAGUCCCUGUGGAGAAGGAUUCAUUAUCUGUUGAUCAACCUUCACUUUCUCGUCAAAGUACCUUAAAACAUGCAAGUAAAACUCCAAUUACUCCGUUGAGGCUAGAUCAGCUUGAAAAGAAGGAUCUUCUUUGGUGCUGUCCUGGAUCUAGUGGUAGAUUGUUCUGGCUCUCAAUUGGCACAGAUGCAUCAGCUCUUCAUACAGAUCUUAAUACCCCUGUUUAUGACUGGAAAAUAUCGGCCAGCUCGCCUCUGAGGAUGGAAAACAGACUUCCUUGCUCUGCAGAAUUUAAAAUCUGGGAAAAGCUGAGGGAUGGCAAAAAUAUAGAAAGGCAGACUGGUUUUGUAGCAUCUCGGGGAUCCGUACACGUAUACACUGCUGACAUACGGAAUCCGAUAUACGUUAUGUUAUUUGUUCAGGGUGGUUGGGUGGUAGAGAAGGACCCUGUUCUUAUUUUGGAUAUGGGGGGCGGUAAUCAUGUUUCUUCAUUUUGGAUGCUUCAUCAGCAAAGAAAAAGGAGGAUACGGGUCAGCAUUGAGCGGGAUUUGGGAGGAACUGCAGCUGCCCCGAAAACAAUCAGGUUUUUUGUUCCCUACUGGAUAAAUAAUGAUUCCUUCCUCCCGUUGGCAUAUCGUGUAGUGGAAAUUGAGCCGCUGGAAAGUGCAGAAGUGGAUUCUCUUAUGGUAUCCAAAGCAGUUAAGUCUGCAAAGUCAGCAUCAAAAUAUCCAUCAACACCAGUGGUCAGUAGACAGGCUGGUAUGAGGAGAAAUAUUCAAGUAUUGGAAGCUAUUGAAGAUACAAGUCCAGUACCCAGUAUGCUCUCUCCUCAAGAUUAUGUCGGCCGUGGUGGUGUUAUGCUUUUUUCAUCGCGAAAUGACAUGUAUUUGUCUCCAAGGGUGGGCAUUGCUGUUGCUAUGCGAAAUUCUGAAAAAUUCAGUCCUGGAAUAUCCCUUCUUGAGCUGGAGAAAAAG